AUGACUGUCAAGUUACAAUGGAGAGUAACAAAUGAUACAAAAGUGGAUGAAGAUUCAAUAAAUCUUAAAAAAGGGAUUAAAGAAGAUGCUUUUGUGUGUUUUGAAAGGAAUAAUAUGUUAGUGAAGGAUUCUUUGGACCAGCAGCCAAUAAAACAUAUUUAUAUACCCAAAACGUGUGAUAAAUCAUACCAAUAUUUAAAACAUUUUGAAAAGCCAGUGGAUGGCAAUGAUGGAUGUGAGAUGUUCUCACAAUAUAGUGUACCGGUGGAGUUCCGGUACUUUUUAGACGACAAUAAAUCUAAUUUCAGAAAAAAUACGUUUAAUAAUGAUACCGUUUCUACGAUUACUAUUAAUCUCCCAAGUACUCAAGAAAUAUCACCUACUCUUAAUGAGUGUCAUGAAUUGUACAACGAUACUUCCUUAGGAAAACAAGAUUCUCAAGAGCAUUUUGGUGAAUCAAUCGCUGUAUCUGAUAUAGUCGAUAAAAGGGAUACAUCUAUUACAGAGAAUCAUGUAUCACUCAUGGAUGAGUGUUCUAUAAAUAAUUUGUCGAAAACAGAAUUAUCGUGUCAAAAUACUGCACUUACUACUUUGGAUGUUCGUGAUGGUACAGUACAUGAACCUGUAAAAUGGAUCGACACAUUUCGGCAAAAACGAGGGUUAAAAUAUAAGCGAAAGGCAGAUGAUGAAAGUCAUAAUGUUUAUGUUGGAACUAGAAUUGAAGAAGAUCAUGUUAAUUAUGUGACUGCUUAUAAUAUGUUGACAGGGAUUAGAGUUGGAGUUUCGCGAUGUACAGCAAAAGUGGAUCGUGAUCUUACAAGUACUGAUUUUGUUGAUUCAUACAAAUUUUCUUUUGAUAUAACGGGUAACGAAUUGACGCCUUCUGCAAAGUAUGAUUUUAAAUUCAAGGAUUAUUCUCCAUGGGUUUUCCGUCAUUUAAGGGCUCUGUUUCGACUUGACCCUGCUGAUUAUCUUAUGUCUCUAACAAGUAAAUACAUUCUCUCUGAGUUAGGGUCUCCUGGAAAAAGUGGGAGCUUUUUUUAUUUUUCACGCGAUUAUCGUUAUAUAAUUAAAACAAUUCAUCAUUCUGAACAUAAAUUUUUGCGUAAGAUUUUAAAACAAUAUUAUGAGCAUGUCAAAAAAAAUCCGAAUACAUUAAUUUCUCAAUUUUAUGGUUUACAUAGAGUAAAAAUGCCAUAUGGACAUAAAAUUCAUUUUGUUAUAAUGAACAACUUAUUCCCUCCUCAUCGUGAUAUUCAUAAAACAUUUGAUCUGAAAGGAUCUAUUGUAGGAAGGGAUUAUAAGGAAGAAGAUUUGGAGAAAAAUCCAAGGGCAACUAUGAAGGAUUUAAAUUGGAUAAGAAGAGAUAUGUAUUUGUCAUUAGGCCCAAAAAAACGAGAUAUGUUUCUUGCUCAAGUAAAAAUAGAUAUAGAGUUACUAGCGUCGUUAAAUAUUAUGGAUUAUAGUCUUCUUAUUGGUAUACACGAUUUGUCUUUAGGGAACAAGGAGCAUAUUCGAGACAAUAUAUUGUCUGUGUUUAAUCCUAAUUCAGAGCAAAUAUAUAAUUCAUUAAAACAUGGUCAAUCUGUUUCUAGUGCUAAUGAACUUAGAAAAAUUGUUUCAACUACUGGUCCAGUUUCUCUUAAUUCCGCUUCAAAUGAGUUUUUAGAAACUGAUUUCACAUUGCGUAAAGAUUUUAUAUUUUAUAGUGAUGAUGGCGGUUUUAGAGCCACUCAAGAAAACGAUCUUCCUGGUGAUUCAAUAUAUUAUCUUGGUAUAAUUGAUCUCCUUACUAAAUAUAAUGUAGUUAAAAGAAUUGAACAUUUUUGGAAAGGACUUUCACAUUCAAAGGCGCAAGUAUCUGCUAUACCACCUUCUGGAUAUGCCUCACGGUUUCUCAAAUUUAUAUCUUCUAUUAUCAAAACACCUCAAUCAGUUGAAAGACAUAAAGAUUAG